AAUAGUUCAGGUAUCAUUGUGCAUUAUUUUGUUACCAAUUUAACAUAUUACCGCAACCAAUGUUCCUGUUUUCUAUGUAACCCGUCGUGAUUGUACAACAUAUACAUUUUAUAUAAUUAUAAAAACAUAUUAUUAGUGAUGGGAAUAAUCGAAUGAUUAGUAAUCGAAAAAAAAAAAAAUCGAAUAAUCGAAUGAUUAGUAGUCGAAAAAAAAUCGAAUAAUCAAAUGAGUAAUAACCUAACGAUUUCAUUCGAAUGAAUUAUUAUUAACAUUUACAAUUUACAUUGCUAGAACCGAUUAUAAUGUUUGUCGCUUAUAUAAAUAAUCGAAUGAUAAUCUAUAAGAGAAAAAUACUGAAAUAUCGAAUAUGCAACAUUCAAAACUAUUUAUAGCUUUCGAGUAUUGACUAAUGUUAGUUAUAAAUUAUAAUUAUACUUUUUGAUAUCUUACAUGAUAGUAAUACACGGUAGUUCCUAAUUUAGUACGCAUCGACUGGAAUCUAAAUGUAAAACAAAUUAAAAUAAACAAACAAAUAUAUUCUUAGUAUGGUCUGUUAUUAUUUAAUAUAUUUUAUUGUUCAAUCGUGAAUUUGAUAGGCGUCGAGUUACACGUUUGUAUUAUAUGUGUUCGUAUUUUGAGUUUAGUGUUUUGAAAUUGUUUAAUUUAAAAUUAAAAUGUCAAAUAAAAAGAUAACGAACUUUUUUAAAACUACAUCCACGAGUGUCAGUGUUACUGCGAGUACUGCAUCCGAUUCACUUAAACGGAAACACGAAUUGGAAACGGAAGAUAGUCAAAUUAUCGGUAACCAGUUGGAAAAUGUUGUACAUCUUACUCAAAAAAAUGAUAUUGGCUUGUUUCUUAAUCGCUGCUUAUCUGAUCAUGAAAAAAACAUAGUAUUAACAAAUUUAUGGUCACCUCAAGCAAAUUACUUGUUUCCAUUGCUUAAUAAUAAUGCCAAGAGAAAUAUCAAAUUUCAGCAACGUUGGCUAGAUAAAUUUAAUUGGUUAUCUUAUUCCGAAAAACUGGAAGGUGCUUUUUGCAAAUACUGCGUAGUUUUUGCCAAAUCUGGUGGUAAAGGAUCUCAAGCUUUAGGAAGUCUUGUGACACAUGCUUUUCAAAAUUGGAAAAAAGCUUUAGAAGUAUUUGAAAAACACUCAAAACAUGAAUAUCAUACCUUGUCUUUAUUAAAAAGUGAACAGUUCUUAAAAUCAUUUUCAAGUGGCCAACCAAGCAUAAUUGAUAUUUUGGAUACAGAAAGAAUGAAACAAAAAAAAGAAAAUAGAUUAAAUCUUCUUCCAAUUAUCGAAUGUGUCAUGCUUUGUGGAAGGCAAGAACUUGCUUUACGUGGACAUAAAGAUGCUGGUCCAAUUUGUUUUAAAACUGAAUCUGAACCUUAUAUUAAUGAAGGUAAUUUCCGUGCCAUUUUGAAGUAUAAGGCUAAAGAUCUGAAUCAUUUAAAACAUUUUUUGGAAUCUGAUGGCCGAUACAAGUACACAAGUGCAAAAAUCCAAAAUGAAAUUAUUUCAUCUGCUGGAGAUAUUUUAUUAGAGAAAAUUGUCAAAGAGGUCAAUUCUGCCAAAUGCUUUUCAGUUUUAGCAGAUGAAACGACUGACAUUUCAGUCAAAGAACAAUUAGCGUUGUGUGUUAGAUAUGUUGUUGGUUCUGAUGAAAAUGUAUUUGUUUGUGAACGCUUUUUAAAAUAUAUAGAAAUUCAUAGUCUGACAGGAAAAGACAUUGCAUCAACUAUUGUGAAUGGGCUUAAUUCAUGUGGAAUAGACUGCAGUAACAUGUAUGGACAAGGUUAUGACGGUGCUUCUAAUAUGUCGGGGCGUUUUAAAGCACACUCGUUGAAUUUAGCUGUAUCUACAAGUUGUGAUAUUCAAGCAAUACGAAAUUCUUUGGGUUUGGUUGAAAAAAUGUACUGCUUUUUAAAUACACCCAAACGCAAAAAUGUCUUGUUAAGUGUUAUUAACGAAAGUGACAUGGAUACAAGAUCAAAAUCUAUUAAACAUCUUUGUGCAACAAGAUGGGUGGAAAGAUAUACAGCAAUAAAUGAUUUUGUAGAAUUAUUUCCUUAUGUAAUUCAAACAUUAGAAAAAAUAUGCGAGUGGAAUGACACAACUUCGACUGAUGCCAACAUUUUAAUGAAAGCAAUGGACUCAGAAUUUUUAAUUUCACUUCAAGUUAUUAAAGUUUUAUUUUCAUAUGGUUUACCAUUAUGUAAACUUUUGCAAAAAGUCAAUCUUGACUUAAAAGAAGCAGUAGAUCUUGCUGAAGUUACUGUUGCUACUAUUCAACGUUUACGUGGAAAUAUAACUGAAGAGUUUAAACAACUGUUUAAAGAAGCUGAGAAAAUGGCUAAUAUAUUAGAUAUUACCAUAUCGAUCAAAUGUUUGAGUAAAAAAUGCACAAAACGAGCCAACCCUAGUAUUAAUGACCCUGAAGAAUAUUAUAGAGUUACAAUAGCUAUACCAUAUAUUGAUUCAUUUAUACAGCAGUUAAAUGAGCGCUUUUUAUGUCACAAAAAUGUACUUAAAGGAUUUCAAUGUUUGUUUUCUGGUACAUACUCAGACGAUUUUGAUGAACUUCUUCAGUUUUAUCUUGACACUGAUAAACAAAUUGUUAAAGCAGAAUUAAAUCUGUGGCAUGCAGUACUUAACAACAAUGGACAACACCCUAAAAGUGGGUUGGAAGCAUUAAGGCUAUGCAAGAAGGAAAUGUUUCCGAAUCUUCAUUUCUUAGUUCAAAUACUAUGUAGUUUACCAGUGUCCACAGCUACCCCAGAACGAACGUUUUCAUGUCUAAAAAGAUUGAAAACUUAUUUAAGAAACACAAUGACAGAAACACGACUUAAUGGACUGACAAUGUUGGCUGUUCACACUGAUAUACCACUUUCAGCUGAAGAAGUCCUUGACGAACUUGCAAAAAAACCCCGUAAACUAGACUUUGUUUUAUAAUUUUUAAAUAUAGUUUUUACAUUUGAUUACAUAA